GAAAUCGCACGAGGAUUCUCGUGAGAAUCUCUAUUCAUUCUUCCUGGAAUUAUGCUGCCAGCGCGAAUAUAACUACCGAUGUUAAUACAAAAUUAUCAGAACAUCUAUCAAAAACAUUGACCGAAGAGUGAUAAGGUCUAUCUAUUUGUUCUGAAUACAUUUAUUAUUCUUCCUCAAGUCGAUGCGUAUACUCGUUUAAGAACCGACAGAAAGCGAUAACGAAUCGAGAAAGGUGCUGAGUCAGCUGAGGAGUCCAGGAGUCAUUUUCGAGGAAAGACGAGCUGUUGAAUUUUCGACGGAAAUUCAAGACAAAAUCGCAAAAGCCGUGAAAAAAAAUCCACGAAAUGGCAACUAAAAACGUUAAGGAUGAUACUUCUUCAGCUAGUUCAUCGAGCAAGCUCUUCACCCGGGCAGAAGUAGCAAAACAUAACGAUCACAAGGAUACGUGGAUCAUCAUUCAUAACAAUGUUUACAAUGUUACUUCUUUCCUUAAUGAGCACCCUGGAGGUGAAGAAGUACUCUUGGAACAAGGUGGAAAUGAUGCUACUGAGCCGUUUGAAGAUAUUGGGCAUUCCACUGAUGCGAGACAAAUGAUGGAAUCAUAUAAAAUUGGGGAAUUGAUAGAAGAAGAAAGGAAACAAGAUAAUGGGAAAAAAGAUAGAGAUUGGUCUGCUAAUGGCGAAGAUAAUUCUAGUCAAUCAUGCUGCAUCGUGAUGUGAUUGGCAAUUGCAGUUCUUGGCGGUCCUGGUUGAUCCCGAUCGUUCUUGGGGUAUUCGCGACCCUCGUCUAUCGCUACUUUGUCAGCACCCAUUAAGGCGUAACAACUCGGGACCCUUUCUUCACGUUAUUUACUUGUUAAUACAUAUGUAUAUCGAUCGAUAUUGAUCGCUAUGAUCAAUUGUUGUACAUUUUACCCGAAUGUAUGUCGCGCACUUAUUAUAAUUGUUUUGUAUGAACCAAAUAGCAUUUGCUGGCCUAGCAGUUGAAACUGAGAGAGAAAGAGAUCGGCCAACACGAUGUAUUAUAUAAAUAACGCGCAUUUAUAUAUUUAUAUGUAUACAUUCGUAUACACACAUACUGGUAUAUAUAUGCAUAUGUAACAUGUAGCGUUUAUACGCGACAUUGUUCCCUGCAAAAAUUGACGAAAUAUACUAAUUUAAUUCCUUAGAAAGAAGGACCUCAAAAAAAAGAAGUAAAUCCCGUCCGUCCUUAAAUCCUUGAGCGACAAAAUAGUACAGACGCACACAAGAAAAUAAUGCUUAUUCGCAAAAAUUACUCAAUUUAAUUGAGGAGGAUCACCAAUAAAUGGAACAAGUGACAACAUU